AUGCCCUUAAUAUGAAUAAAUUUUUCACCUAUGACUUCAUUCAGGAAUGUCUUUUAUUUCCAAGCUGGACUUGGAGUCAUAGCCAAUAUGUUUCUAUUUUUAUUCUAUACUUUCAUAACUCUAGGUCAGAGACCUAAACCUACAGAAUUGAUCUCUUGUCAACUGACUUUCAUUCACAUAAUGAUGGUCCUCACUGGAGGGGACAUUUGGCUUAGAGACAUAUUUGAGUCACUGAACAUGGAGAAUGAUUUCAAAUGUAAAGUAACUUUCUACAUACACAGGGUGAUGAGAGGCCUCUCCAUCUGCUUCACCUGCCUCCUGAGUGUGUCCCAGGCUGUCACUAUCAGCCCUAGCACCUCCUUGUUGGCAAAAUUUAAACAGAAACUAAAAAAAUACAUGAUCAAUGCUUUCUUCUAUAUUUGGCUUUUCAACUUGUCUUUCAGUAGUAGCCUCAUCGUCUAUGUUGGUGGAUAUAACAACAUGAAUGCUACCAACCAGAUGAAGAUCACUAAAUCCUGUGCAUACUUCCCCAUGAACUACAUCAUCAGGGGACUGAUUUUAACAGUGGCAACCUCCAGAGAUGUGUUCCUUGUAGGAGUCAUGGUGACCACAAGCACAUACAUGGUGAUUGUCUUGUUCAGGCAUCACAGGCAAUACAAGCAUCUUCACAGCAUCAGCCACCUUAGAGCAUCCCCCGAGAAACGGGCCACCCAGACCAUCUUGCUGCUGGUGGUUUUCUUUGUGGUCAUGUACUGGGUGGACUUCACCAUCUCAUCCACCUCAUUCCUGCUAUGGAUGUACGACCCAGUCCUCCUGACUGUUCAGAAAUUUGUGAUGAAUGUUUAUCCUACAAUUACUCCUUUGCUACAAAUCAGUUCUGAUAAGAGGAUAAUCAAUGUGCUGAAAAUCUUGCAUUCAAAGUGGCACUAG